AUGGCUGCUUAUGUUAAUCGAACAAUGUCGAUGAUGGCCGGCGAUGGGCCCCACAAUGUUGCAAUGAACAAUGGCACAAUGCGUGUAAAUGUGGGUAAUGUGGAUUCACCUCUGCAGAUAUUUGUGAGAGCUAAGAAGAAGAUCAAUGACAUAUUUAUUGAGAUUGAUGAUUAUGUCAAGGAUGCAGUUACAUUUAUGCAUGCCGUCUCCGGAGAAAAUGGAAUUGCAACACCUCAAGAUGUUGCAAAUGUUGAAGCAUAUGUCAGUAAGGUUGAAGCUAUACGGGAAGUACUCAAACGGGACCACAUGAAAGUUGCAUUUUUUGGAAGAACCAGUAAUGGCAAAAGUACAGUGAUAAAUGCAAUGUUGCAUGAUAAAAUCCUGCCGAGUGGUAUCGGUCACACAACCAACUGCUUCCUUCAAGUGGAGGGCUCAGAUACUGAUGAGGCAUUUCUGAAGACUGAGGACUCAGAGGAAAAGCAUAAUGUCCAGUCGGUCAGUCAACUGGGCCACGCAUUGUGCACUACACGUCUCCAAGAGUCAUCGUUGGUGCAUAUCUAUUGGCCGAGGGAGCUUUGCGCAUUACUCCGGGAUGAUGUGGUGCUGGUGGACAGCCCUGGGGUGGACGUGUCGCCCAAUUUAGACGAAUGGAUCGAUAAAUACUGUCUGGAUGCUGAUGUGUUUGUGCUCGUGGCGAAUGCAGAGUCGACGCUUAUGCUCACCGAAAAGAACUUUUUCCAUAAAGUAUCCACGAAAAUAUCUCAACCCAAUAUAUUUAUAUUGAACAACCGAUGGGACGCUUCAGCUUCAGAACCGGAAUUCUUGGACCAGGUUCGAAGUCAGCACGCCAAUCGUUGCGUUGACUUCCUUUCUCGCGAAUUAAGAGUUUGUUCUCCAAAAGAGGCUGAAGAAAGGAUUUUCUUCAUCUCCGCGAAGGAGGCUCUACUCACCCGCAUGAAGGAGAGGGAGAAACCUGUCUCUUCCCCAAUCUUAGUCGAAGGCCACCAAGUGCGGUACUUUGAGUUUGUGGACUUCGAGCGUAAGUUCGAAGAAUGCAUCAGUCAAAGUGCGGUUCAGACGAAGUUCGCGCAGCAUUCGCGGCGAGGGAAAAAUAUCGCCGCUGACGUCAUGGCUGCUUUGGAACAGAUCUACACUACAGCGUGCAAUAUGAAAGCAACGAAAGUGGAAAAACAAAGGAUAUUGCAAGAACAACUGACCUGUAUCGAGGAGCAACUCACUUCUAUAACUCGGCAGAUGAAAGAUAAAAUUGGAAAAAUGGUGGAAAGCGUUGAACACAAGGUAUCACUAACGCUGAGCCAAGAGAUCCGUCGUCUAUCGGCAUUGGUCGACGAAUAUGACACGCCCUUCCGUACGGAGCGAGCUGCCUUGGAGCAGUACAAAAGAUCCCUUCACAGACACGUGGAAUCCGGGCUGGGCUCGCGGCUGAAGAAGAGGCUGUCUUCUGAUAUCGGACAUGAGAUGGAUGAAGCGCAGAAAGAAAUGGCCGAUGGUAUGUACAACAUACUGCCAAUCCACAAACGAGCUGCCGCCGCCAGCGUCAUAAUGCCUCACCAGCAACCGUUCGAAGUUCUCUACCGCCUUAAUUGCGACAAUCUCUGCGCCGAUUUCCAAGAAGACCUGACUUUCCGAUUCUCUUACGGUAUCACGGCUAUCAUUCAGAGGUUCCAGGGGAAGAAUACGAACAAAAUUGCCUUGAAGAAUCCACCCCAAUAUACACCAAUACCUCCAACAAUCGGUCCACCCGCUCCCAGUGGGGAGUUAUCGCGCAUGGGCAACGGUGGAUCGGUGGUGGGACCUCUCAGCGCUGAAGAGUGGUCCAUGAUAUCCAAGUUCGCCCUUGGAGCUCUCACCUCACAAGGCACUAUGGGCGGACUAUUGCUCUCUGGAUUGUUACUAAAAACGGUCGGUUGGCGCGUAGUAGUGGUGACGGGCGCGAUAUACGGCGCGUUGUACGCGUACGAGCGUCUCACUUGGACGGCCAAGGCCCAAGAGAGAUUGUUCAAGAAGCAGUACGUGGCGCACGCUGGGAAAAAAUUGCGGCUUAUUGUGGACCUCACUUCGGCUAAUUGCAGCCAUCAAGUGCAGCAAGAACUGUCAACGAUGUUCGCGCGGCUCUGUCGUCUAAUAGACGAGGCCACAACCGAAAUGGACUCGGAGCUGACGGAGGUCCGCGAAGCCAUCAAAAUGCUGGACGACGCCUCCACUUCAGCCAAAAAACUACGAAACAAAGCUAAUUAUCUCUCGCACGAGCUGGAGCUGUUUGAUGACGCCUUUCUUAAGUCUAACUAG